AUGGGAGAGGGAAGAGUACUUGCAAAGGAGGGCCAAACUACAUAUUGGCAAUACGUCAACAUCACAGGCUUUCCGUCAUGCAAUUGUUGUAUUGGCUGCCUUUUCAAGGCCACCUUCAUUUUAUAUGGCUCCGGCAGGAUCCCAAGAACCCCGAACAGCGCGGCUACUUUAGUUCGAGACCCAAAGGGAGCCAGCGAGCAAAAGGGGGCACAGGAUGUAAAAAUAAUGUUGAAACAAGCUAUGUUUAUACCCGCUGAUACUUGGAAUUUAGAAAAUGCUGCAGCUCAAAAGGAAAAACAACAAGGUUAUAUCUUUACCAUCAGGAAAACAUACAUUCGCCUGGCCUUAAAAAACAUAUUUCCUCAUACAUAUAAUUCGCUCCCUUCCCUCUCUUGA